UUUGUGACUACUUCCUGUUUCCAUUCGGCUCACGAGUCCGUCUUACUCAAUACAGCAACAAGUAUGCAGCUCCACAGCUAAAGUUAACUUUGUUUUCAAACUUUUUGUUUCCACCAUGGGAGACAUGGACACUACUGGGGCCUUUGUUCGCAAGAAAAGGGCUACUUUCGCGGCGGGGCGAGGCGGAGCGAGUCUGCAGCCGAUGAACGGGAAGAACACGGCGGCGUAUUACAGCUCGGUGGCCGCUGCUGACAGUAAGGCAGGCGGUGAGCGGCGGGAAGCCGAUCCCUUGUUGGAAGCGGCCCGCUCUAAAACAAAGAGCGACAAAAAGAAACGCAGCAACGACAUAAAUGACAGAUUUAGCUGUCACAAGCCUCAGGAGUCUCUGCUGAGUUCAUCCAGUGGUUUCAGUAACUACAGGGGGAUUCUCAACUGGUGUGUAGUGAUGUUGGUACUUAGUAAUGCCCGCCUUUUCCUCGAAAACCUUUUAAGGUACGGGGUCCUGGUGGACCCGAUUCAAGUGGUUUCCUUAUUUCUGAAAGACCCCUACAGCUGGCCAGCGGUGUGCCUUGUAAUUGCGUCCAAUGUGUUUAUUGUGGUUGCUCUUUAUACGGAGAGGCAGUUGUCCAAGGGUUCAUUCAGCGAGCGCGUGGGCUUACUUGUUCACUUUGUUAAUAUGGCGGUCAUGCUAACAUUCCCCGCUGCAGUGGUCCUCGCCGUGCCCUCCAUGACCCCAGUUGGUGGUGCCUUCGUAUUGGGUACUUACACCAUUCUCUUCCUAAAGCUGUACUCCUAUAAAGACGUCAACCUGUGGUGUAGGGAGCUGAGCCGUAUGAAGGCGAAGAAACUGGCGAGAUCACUGUCUUGUCCAUCACCACAGUACUCCAAUGGAGAUGACUGUAAGGUGUGUUACCCUGGCAACCUCACCAUCAGAGACUUGUACUACUUUACCUUUGCUCCGACGCUGUGCUACGAGCUCAACUUUCCUCGCUCUCCCAAGAUACGCAUGAGUUUCCUCCUGAGGAGACUUUUUGAAAUGCUGUUCCUCAUCCAGAUGUUAGUUGGUCUUACUCAACAGUGGAUGAUUCCAAUCAUUCAAAGCUCCAUGAAGCCACUUGAGGACAUGGAUCUAUCUCGCAUGAUUGAGAGACUUUUGAGAUUGGCUGUUCCCAACCACUUGCUUUGGUUGAUGUUUUUUUACUGGUUCUUUCACUCAUCUUUGAACUUCACAGCUGAGCUUUUGCGCUUCGGAGACCGACAGUUCUACAAAGACUGGUGGAACUCCGAGUCGGUGACAUUUUUCUGGCAGAACUGGAACAUCCCCGUUCACAAGUGGUGUCUCCGGCACUUUUACAAGCCGUUACUGAGGAGAGGUUUUAGUAAGAUAGUCAGCCAAUCAGCAGUCUUCUUCUUGUCCGCUUUCUUCCAUGAGUACCUGGUGAGUGUCCCUCUGAGGAUGUUCCGACUGUGGGCCUUCACGGGCAUGAUGGCUCAGCUUCCAUUAGCCUGGCUUGUUGGUCACUACCUGCGUGGCAACUAUGGCAAUGCUGCAGUGUGGAUAUCGCUCAUAAUUGGUCAACCAUUUGCUGUCCUCAUGUACGUCCAUGACUACUACGUCCUUCACCACAGGCAAGAAGCUGACUGAUUGUUUACCUCUUUGUAGACAGAUUUUAGGUAUUUUUUGCAAUUACAACUCGACAGCUUCUCAUUUGGGUCAUCCAUUCGAGCAUAAUUUUUUUACAUGCAUCCAUCCAUUUUCUACCGAUUGUCCCUUUCAUUAUGAAGUAUUUAAAAAUGUUAAGAAUGACACAUCCUUUCCCAUAUUUGUGAAAUGUCUGAUCAUGUACAUCAGGGGUGUCAAAAUCAAGGCCCGCAGGCCAGAUCUGGAAUUAUCUAUGAUAUGAUUAUGAAUGAUAUUUGAUUAGUAUUAGAACCGGCCCGCAGGCCACAGCCGCCUGCUGCUGUUUUGCACGCACCAAUACUCCAUCAGUGUUGGCGCUAGGAAUUUUCCAAAUGGGGUCCCAGUGGCCCCAUCAAGUCAUAAAAAUGGGGUCCCACAGUAAAUAUUUGGGUUCCCACUUUUUUGUAAGCGUUUUGAAAACAAAUGAUAAAUGUAUGCAUUAUCCUGUUAUAUCUCACAUUCUACAUUGUGUUUUGGAAAAAGGUUGUCAUAAACAUUACUUAAUUCGUUAAAAAAAAUUUUACAAAAGAAAACAUUUUUAUGCAUAUGUAAAUGUAUUCAGUUAUAAACAUUCAUUCACUUUCUUCUUUCCUUCAUGGAUCUAAACUUUACUGCUUUCGGUAUGUUUUUCUAUAUUUUUAUUGUAAUAUUUUCAGAAUGUGUUUGUUCUAUUUUUGGCCAAAGUAAAACAAAGAAAACAAUCUGAAGUUGUCUAUAUUUUUUAGUUUCAGUGCCAUGAUUUUAAUAGCGUGCACAGAUUUCCCUCCAUGCAGCCCCUGAGCUAAAAUGAGUUUGACACCCCUGCUUUACAUGAACAUUGCUGUCCUCAUGUGUGCACUGUGCAAGAGUGGAACAUAUCUUCAACUAAAAGUCAUGUCUAACUCACCCUACGGUAGAGGCUUUUAUUGUACAUGCAUACAAGCAGCAACUUUUCUGCAGAUUGGUCUCGAAACAAUUUAGUAAGACAACAUAGAAAGAGAAACAACACACCUAAAACUAUGGCCAUUAUGCUGCUGUGAAAAAAUGUUUCUCCAUAAUAAUACCUUAAAUUGUGUUGCUCUAUUAUUCUGGUACAUUUUAAACACAAUUCUUAUGAGGACAUAUUUGUCGGCUUUUUUGUUGGGGUACAAAGGGGAAUGAUGUUUGGGGUUUUUUAUGUACAAUGUUGACUGUUUGAAGUGCCUUGGUAGACAUAAUACUGUACUUGUGUUAAAGGGCUUUACUCUGUCCAGUUUUACUGUGAAAUGAGCACUAAAAUUAAACAAUAUAUGCUGGUUAGACAUUUUAAGGUACACUUUAUCCAUCCAUCUGUUUAUAUUUUUGUCAUAUUUCUUUCAAGAAACUCAUGUAAACUGGUCAUUGCUUUAGUGGCCUUGUCAAUUGUUUUAUACAAUAAAUGAGAC